AUGGAUUUUUUCAGGAAUCUGAUAGCCUCUCCUUCGCCUGCGCCGCCUCUUGCGCCAGCGACCAUCGUGGCCAAAGCGAUCCAUCCAUAUUAUCCCACCGAGAUUGAAAUCGUCAACUACGCUACCAACGAAAUGACCGUUCCGCAGUUACUAGCUACCUUUGCGACUGGUUGUACAAUCAUCCUCUCGCUCACCUGGUUCCUCACGUCGAGUCUUGCACCACGUCUCAGAGUCGCGGAUAAGGCCAUUGCGCUGUGGUUUUGCUUGUGCGGGUUCAUUCACUUGUUUUUCGAAGGCUACUUUGCCUACAACCACACUCGCAUGGGCGGUCUCCAAGAUAUCUUCGGUCAAUUGUGGAAGGAAUACUCGCUGUCGGAUUCGAGAUAUCUGACCUCGGAUCCCUUUGUCUUGUGCAUGGAGACCAUCACGGCGGUCUUCUGGGGUCCCCUCUCCUUCUUGAUGGUGUAUUUCAUUAUUGUAUCGCACCCUUUGCGUUAUCCACUGCAGGCUAUCGUUUCACUCGGACAGAUCUAUGGCGACAUCCUCUACUACGCGACCUCGAUGUUUGAUCACUACCACAAGAAUUUGACCUAUUGCCGACCCGAGCCAUACUAUUUCUGGUGUUAUUACUUCUUGAUGAAUUUCUUCUGGAUUGUCAUUCCAGCAAUUCUGCUCGCUAGUAGUCUGAGAAUGACAGCCAAAGCUUUCAAAGCGCUUGACCGAAUAUCGCAUUCGGUGCAAGGAAAUGGCACUGUGGCCAGACCGAAAGCCAACGGCCACAUCAAACAUGCAUGA